GGCGGCGACGCGCAGACGGCGGAGAGUGUCAGGUGUCUGAAGGUUCCACGAAAGGAGUCACUCAGCGGAAGUUCGCACAGGUGUGUUUUAGGUAUUUAGGUAGUUGUCAGUGAUGGAAAGUGGUCAGUUCAAUCGACGCUCGUGGGCGACACAGUCCUUACGUGUCACUGCAAGGGAGCUGUCAUUGGUCAGCGGCAAAGGAAGGAACAAUGCCAUCGCUGAACGCUUUUCCAAGUACCAGAAAGCUGCUGAGGACUCAAGUGCUGAGAAGAAAAAGGGAUCCUUUGAGGGUCCGACCCCCUCCCUGAGGUCAGGCAACCUGAGCGCUCUGAAGAAGCGGUGGGAGCAGGCGGGAAGCCUCAAACAGGACAAGCUCUCUCCGUCUUCGUCUUCUCCUAUCUCACCCUUAAGCCUCUCCGGCUCUCAGAGGACGCCUCCUGCCCUGUCCAAGCCUUCACCUGUCAGCGAACACUGCCCCCCGCUGAAGAGCCCCGGCCCACAGACCCACCCUGAAGGUCAGAACACCGCCAGCCACAUUCAACAGCCCUCAGCAGCUCCAAAAAUGUCCAAAAUCCAAAAGCAGAGAAGCACGGACAGGGAUGAGCGGUCACACAGUGAAAUACCUGAAAAGCUUGAAGAGCAAGUUCCAACCAGCCCCCGUGCCUCCUACGAAAAAUCCCGAGUGCCACUAAACAGCCUGAAGAUGAAGUUUGAGAGAGGAGAGGACACUGCAGCCAAGGGAGGCAGGACAACACUUCGCAGUACUUCAUCAGACGACAUGAACCAACACAGCGGUGUCCAUGAUAGGGUGUUGGAGUCGACAUCACUGAGAGAGAAAAUGGCCAAGUACCAGGCUGCUGUUUCUAAACAAGGCCCCAAACACACUGGUGUGUCCACAGAGGUGCCCGCUCCAAAAACAUCUGCACCUGCACCUCAGAAACAAACACCUGCGUCAGAGUGCAAUGGAGCAAAUGUGAAUGGGGAAAGCAGUGACCCGCCCAAAGUGUCCAGGAAAUUCUGCCCACCGGUGAGGGAGACAUGCAUCGCUUGUUUAAAGACAGUUUACCCACUCGAGAGACUAGUGGCUCUUCAGCAUGUCUACCACAAAAGCUGCUUCCGCUGUGUUCACUGCAGCUCAAUGCUCAGCCUUGGGAACUAUGCGUCUCUACAUGGUAACGUCUACUGCAAGCCCCAUUUCAGCCAGCUGUUUAAAUCCAAAGGCAACUAUGACGAGGGCUUUGGUCAUCGGCCUCACAAGGAGCUGUGGGAACCAAAAGCAGAUGUAGAUGAAGAUGAGGAACCGGUGAAGCCAAAAGAACAAGAGAAACCAUCAGCAGUGACCCUUCAGGCUGAGAGUGUCUCUGACAAAGAGCCAACCCCGACUGUGGAAACGUCACAGGCCAAAGUCACAGACCUGGCCAGUUUACUGGAGACUCGCACACAAACACAGGCUUCAUCUGAAGUUAAAGAGUCGACAGAGAAGGCGGUUCCGAUGCGUCGGCUCCAGGUCGCAUGGCCUCCUGCAGCCGGUGAAGCCCAGUCCAGCACUGGACCGCUCAGUCCGGUCAAGGAGGGAGUUACUUCAGGUCGGAGAGCAAAGUGGCCCCCAGAGGAAGAGCCGCCAUAUUCCUUCCAGAGCACCGAGCGAGCCGAGUUAAAGAGCCUGAGGAGGAGCUCAUCUCUAAAGGAGCGCAGUCGUGCUUUUACAGUCGCAGCUAAACCCACUCCUGCAGCCAGUCAGGCACCUAGAGAACCACGACGCCCCCUCAAGUCCCUGAUGGAGUGGAGAGCAUCAUUUGAGGAAAAAGCUGCCUCUGAAGAACCAACAAAGGAGAGUAAAUCAGAGACUCAGCAAGUGAAACAGCAGGAAAAGGAGCAGAACAUGGCAAAAAUACCAAGUAAAGAUGCAACAAACAAAAGUCAGACCAACUCAAAGGAGGAUGUGGAGACUCAAGAAGAGCAACACAGAGAAAAAGACAAACAGGCACAGAGUGGAAACACAGCAGAAGACAAGCCAGUAGUGGAGGAAAGCUCUCAGAGAAGCAUCUCUCCUGACAUGUCAGCAUCCCCCUCCCCACCGCUACAGCCAAAACAGAACCGCACCUCGCAGGAUGUGGGCUUCUGGGAGGAGGACAAAGAAGGAAGUGAUGCUGAGGAGCUGAGUGCAGAGGAUAUGAUCAAGAGGAACCGCUACUACGAAGAUGACGACUCCGAGUCAUAGGAAAAUCUGUCACAGUGUCAUAUUCAUCUACCGUAAACACUUUGUCAGGUUUGUUCUCUCAGUCUGUCAGUAGAUUGGAAUUGAUGCUUUGCUAGUUUUGAUAGUGUUUUAAGGAAAAAAAUUACACUUAAAAUAUAAUAGGUAUGUAUAUUUACACAAAUAUAUUGCAAUAACUGCCUUUAAUUGUACAAAACAUGUUUGAUUUUUGUAUGCAUUAUAUACUUUAAUACCCAUGUAAUACAUAUUUUAUAUAAGUUUGAUCAUACUAGAGGUGACCCAUGUCACGUUAAAUCACUGCAUAUGUGGACUAUGUUGUCUGGUAAUUAUAUCAAUAAUCAGUUGAUUAAUGUUUGCCUGUAAAAUGUCAAAAAGCCAUUAUACCCUAUUUAUAUAUAUUUUUGUCUUUGUUGGCCAUUAUUAUGGAAGUACAUUGCUGCCAGGUCGGAAAAAUAAAAAUUGAUCAGGAUCUCGUCAUGACAAAUUUUCACAUUAUAAAGUGAAAACUUGUUAAAACACGGCAUCUUUGAUGCUAUAAUGUGAUAAAUGCCUAUUUUGUUAAAAUGUGAAACUCAUGUUUAAGUAAAAGGUGCGUGGAGAACAGAUUAACUUUCCUCAUUGUAACAAAAUACUGGGCAAUUCAGAUUUUUCGGACCUGGCAGUAAUAUGCUUCUGUACCAUUACAGUUCUGGGUGAUUGUGGGCAGGACCAGACUGCAAAAAAAAAAAAAAAAAAAAAGAUUGUGUAUUUUGUUCUUCUUAAAAUACUUAAACACCUAAAUGUCUUAUGAAAGUGAAAA